UCCGGUGCUGCUCCUGGGGACUUCCGGUCCUGCGCAGUGCAGCGGCGGGUGCGCGGAGCGGCGGCAGCGGCGCGGAGCGGCGGCGGCGCAAGCGCGGACCCCCCAGUGCGUUCGGGGUCUCCUGCCUCUCCCGGCUGCCGCAGCCAUGGCCUCGCUGGGCACCAGUAGCCAACUGGUCACCGAGUACGUGGUCCGGGUGCCCAAGAACACCACCAAGAAGUACAACAUCAUGGCCUUCAACGCCGCCGACAAGGUCAACUUCGCCACCUGGCACCAGGCGCGGAUGGAGCGGGACCUGAGCAACAAGAAGAUCUACCAGGAGGAGGAGAUGCCAGAGUCGGGCGCCGGGAGCGAGUUCAACCGCAAGCUGCGGGAGGAGGCGCGCCGCAAGAAGUACGGCAUCGUCCUCAAGGAGUUCCGCGCCGAGGACCAGCCCUGGCUGCUCAAGGUCAACGGCAAGGCCGGCCGCAAGUACAAGGGGGUGAAGAAGGGCGGCGUCACCGAGAACGCCUCCUACUACAUCUUCACCCAGUGCCCCGACGGCGCCUUCGAGGCCUUCCCCGUCCACAACUGGUACAACUUCACCCCCGUGGCCAAGCACCGCACCCUCACGGCCGAGGAGGCCGAGGAGGAGUGGGAGAGGCGCAACAAGGUGCUGAACCACUUCAGCAUCAUGCAGCAGCGGCGGCUGCGGGACCAGGACGAGGGGGAGGAGGAGGAGAAGGAGAAGAAGAGCAAGAAGAAGGGCGGCGAGCUGAAGAUCCACGACCUGGAGGACGACCUGGAGCUCAGCUCCGACGAGAGCGAGGCCAGCGAGGCUGAGGGCGAGAAGGCGCCGAAGCCCAAGAAGAAGCCGCCACCGGGCAAGAAGAAGAAGAAGAAGAAGGGCUCCGACGACGAGGCCUUCGAGGACAGCGACGACGGCGACUUCGAGGGCCAGGAGGUCGACUACAUGUCCGACGCCUCCAGCAGCUCGCUGGAGGAGGACGUGGGGAAGCCCAAGGUGACCAAGGAGGAGGACGGCCCCAAAGGCAUUGACGAGGCGAGUGAGAGCAGUGAGGAGAGCGAGGAGGAGAAACCUGCCGAGGAGAAGGAGGAGGAAGAGGAGGAGAAGAAGGCCCCGACGCCGCAGGAGAAGAAGAAGAAGAAAGACAGCAGCGACGAGUCGCAGACCUCGGAGGAGAGCGACAUCGACAGCGAGACCUCGUCGGCGCUCUUCAUGGCGAAGAAGAAGACGCCCCCCAAGAAGGAGCGCCGGGGCUCGGCCAGCAGCUCGCGGGGCGGCAGCCGCCCGGGGACGCCCACCGUGGAGCCCGGCAGCACCUCGUCCACCCUCCGCGCCGCCGCCUCCAAGCUGGAGCAAGGGAAGCGCCAGGCCGCGGCGGGGGAGCUGCCGGCCGCCAAGCGCCUCAAGCUGGACGCGGGGCCGCAGCCCGGCUCGGGCAAGUCGACGCCGCAGCCGCAGUCGGGCAAGUCGACGCCCAGCAGCGGCGACGUGCAGCUGACGGAGGAGGCGGUGCGGCGCUACCUCACCCGCAAGCCCAUGACCACCAAGGACCUGCUGAAGAAGUUCCAGACCAAGAAGACGGGGCUCAGCAGCGAGCAGACCGUCAACGUCCUCGCCCAGAUCCUCAAGCGCCUCAACCCCGAGCGCAAGAUGAUCAACGACAAGAUGCACUUCUUCCUCAAAGAGUAG